AUGUUUGGAGUUCAGCACAAUUUGAAUCCAGUUUCAUUGCUACCUAGUUGGUCAAUAUGCUAUCAAGGUCUUUAUUCUGUUAUUUUAACUGAGGCCGCUGUCGUUUCAAUACUUAGAAGUUGUAACAAGACAUUGCUUUUACUUGCUUGUCGACCAGUAACCAACAUUAAUUUCACUGUAGCUGCUAUGGGCAAUCGAAGUGAUGUGCUCUACGAUUGCGACACCAUUAUAGAAUGCACUCAUUUAGCAAACGGGGUUGGAUGGUACUUUUCCGAUCGAUACUCAUGGGGUUUUGUCAAUGGCGAUGAGUCUGUCACGCGUAAACAAUGCGAUACAAAUCCGGUCAAUAACGGUGUGAACGGACUUUGUUGGCACACUACUAUGAAUUCAGGUGGUUAUCAAUGUGGCUCUAAUAUAAAUCUUAAUAGUGAUUCGACAUAUGAGCGACUUAUAUAUCAUUCGAACUAA